GUCGUUAAUAUUUGAUAUGUCUACAAUUGACAAAAAAAAAAGGCUCAAAAUAUUAUCAACUUUUUACAUUCAAAUCCUUUCUCCCGUUCCUGAUAAUUUUUCUUUUGCCGCAUAAAUCUCCAGCUGUUUCGUCUGUGUCGAUUCCUCAAAAUUGGUUGCAUAAAUCGAUUUGGAAAAAAAGAAACUUCUCCAAAGCUCUUUUUUUCAUACCUUGAGUUUAUUCCUUGUAAAAGACAAUGCAAGCAGCGGAAAGCGCAAACCCGUCAAUGUCAGCCAAAGAUGGCUCGAAUAAUGCUCUCCAUUCAGCAAAUGCUCCUCCAAAGAAAGCAAACAUUACCGCAUCUCCUGUUUCAAACGAGGCAACAGCAGUCUCCAACGCUAAAGCAACUACAUCUGUCACUGCCCCCAGUACCUCACUGGGAAAUACAAGUAACUUGACAACUACUGGUAACGGCGUUCCCGUUACAACGGUGAGCGAAGCAGCAACAAACGCUGAGACUGACGAUGAGGCCAUUCGAAAUCAAAAGCUUGUCGAGGAAUUUCAGUAUCUGUUAGAGAAAAGUCAAAGUCUAUUCAGUGGGUUGAGAGAUCUUCCUCCAACAGGAAGCCAUAGACAAUGGAGACCUGUAAGUAUCAAUGGCUAUUUUAACUCUAAAGUAAAUGUCAUCAAGGUGUUCAUCUAUUCUUUUAGUAUUUUGAGAAAACUUUUGAAGUUUACACAAAGCUCUGGAAGUUUCAACAGACUCAUCGUUCUAUCUUGGAGAAUAAAAGCAACUAUGGCUUGAAACGAUGGGAAGUAGGUGAAAUAGCAAGUAAAAUCGGUCAACUAUAUUAUCAUUACUAUUUGAGAACAAGCGAGACAAAUUAUC